AACUGUAACAAUUAACAGUGGGAGUGGGAGUGAGUAGUUUCUUAAGCAAUGCCAGAAAAGCAACACUGAAGAACAGAUGGGAAUCCUAAUACAUCUAUUAGAGAAACGAACCUUUACUUCGAAUUACAAAUCCUGGAUUCUGCUUCGGUGCCGAAGUAUAGUAAUUCAAAUAAAAAAAGCAAGUUCAGUUUGUUUACCUACAACGAGUGCACCAGAAUGUUUCAAUUUUUCUAGAAGAGUUACCUCUAUACACAAGUCAGUUCAGUUUUCUCAAACCCGUCACCCGUAUGGAGAAAUGCUUGCCAAUUAUGGGAAUAAUGUGUUCUCCUGGACCUCAAUGAUAUCGAUGAAUGCACAGAAGGGGUUCAAUGAUCGGGCACUAUCUUACUUUCUGCAAAUGCGGAGAGCUGCUGUGGAGCCCAAUGAGACUACGUUUUCUGUCAUAAUUAGGGUCUCCUGCGAGCUGAGUUGUGCUGAUACAGGGACGAGCUUGCACUGUUUAAUUUUAAAGAAAGGAUUCUUUAGACAACUUUUUGUUGCGAGUGGCUUGAUCACCAUGUAUUCCAAGUGUGGUUAUAUUGAACAAGCCCGUCAGAUAUUCGAUGAGAUGCCCGACAAGGAUGCUGUCUCGUGGAACGCUAUGAUUGCAGCAUACUCACAGGAAGGCUUGAGCUUGGAAGCGUUAGAUUUAUUUUCUUUGAUGCUGAAGAAUGGAACUGAUUGGAAAUUAAUGGUGAAUAAUUUUACACUUGCUAGCAGUUUUAAGGCAUGUGCUGGUCUGGGCUACACUAAGAUUGGGAAGUCUUUGCAUACCAAUUCCAUUAAGUUGGGUUUGAAUUCAGAUAUUUUUGUUGGUGGAUCAACAAUUGAUAUGUAUUCCAAGUGUGGUAAUUUAGGAAUGGCUCGCCGUGUUUUUGAUCAGAUGAAAAGAAGAGAUCUUGUGACUUGGAAUACCAUGAUUACUGGGUAUUCUCAAAAUUAUUGUGGUGAAGAGGCUAUAGAAUUAUUCUAUCAAAUGCAACUCAAAGGCUUCCUUCCAAAUGAGACAACUUUUGCUUGUGUUCUGAAGGCUUCGGCUGCAAUACCAGACAGUGCUGCAGGUAGAUACUUCCAUGCUAAAACCCUCAGGUCUGGAAAUUCAUUGUAUGUGUAUGUGGGGACUGCACUUGUGGAUAUGUAUUCAAAAUUUUUUGACAUGGAAGAUGCAGAGAAGGCUUUUGGGGAAACGAAAAAGAAUAUUGUAUCCUUUAAUGCCCUCAUAACAGGUUACAGUUUGGUUGGGAGAUAUGAGGAGGCCUUAAGAGCUUAUGCUAAGUUGCGUUCAGAAAACAUGAGACCAGACAGAUUUACAUUCACAGGCCUUUUCUCCUCAUGCUCUUUAUUGGCUGCAUUGAUUGAAGGUGCUCAAGUUCAUGCACAUUCAAUCAAAUUUGGCUUGGAGUCGAAUGUCUCUGUUGGGAACUCAAUGUUGAACUUCUAUGCUAAGUGUGGCCUUAUUGACAGUGCAGUGGAGACUUUUGAGUCAAUAACUAUGCCCAACACCAUAUCCUGGGCUGGAAUUAUCUCUGGUUUUGCACAAAAUGGUGAGGGAGAGAAGGCAGUUGAAUAUUUCUGCAAAAUGCACAAGCUUUCAGAGAAAAUAGACGAGUUCUCCUUCUCUAGUGUUCUUAAAGCACUAGCCAACUGGGCUGCUACGGGACAGGGAAAACAGUUGCAUGCCAAUGUAAUAAAGACAGGUUUGGAAACCACUAUUUUUGUAGGAAGUGCACUUGUUGACAUGUACUCCAAGUGUGGAAUGGUAGAAGAUUCAUGGAAGGUGUUCUCAAAAAUGCCUGUUAAAAAUGUUGUAUCUUGGAAUUCGAUGAUAGUGGGUUAUGCACAAAAUGGGUUUGAUGAAAAGACCCUUCUCCUAUUUCAGGAAAUGCUGGAUUCUGGUCUGACACCAACAUGCAUUACCUUUAUUGGAGUUCUAUUUGCUUGUAGCCAUGCAGGUUUGGUUGAAGAGGGGAGAAACUAUUACAACCUAAUGGUUAACAGCUAUGGUAUUCCACCCUCAUUGGAACAUUGUACAUGUAUGGUUGACAUCCUUGGACGUGCAGGAUAUCUCAAUGAAGCAGAAACCUUUGUCAUCAAAUCUCCAUUUCCAUUAGAACCGGGGAUAUGGAAGUCCCUACUUGCUGCUUGUGCAAUUCAUAAAAGCUUUGACAUUGGUAUUAGAGCUGCUAACCAUUGUCUGUGGUUAGAGCCUCAUGAUUCUGCCACAUACGUCAUUCUAUCUAAUAUUUAUGCAUCCAGACAGAUGUGGUGUGAGGUCACAGAAAUAAGGGAGUUGAUGAAAGAUAUGGCCAUCCAUAAGGAGCCUGGGUACAGCUGGAUCGACAUUAGGAAUAAGAUGCAAGUGUUUGUUGCAGGUGACACAUCAUGCUAUACAGAAGAGGUUGCUGAAGUACUACAAAUCUGGUUAGAACAUGCAAAAGUGGGUUGUUAUGAUUGUGACCACAAUAUAUAUUCUCCAUGAUAUUUGGAUGCCCUCGAUGAUAGGUUUCUUUAUGAUCCAUGGACCAUGGGGAAACCACUAGAACAAUCUCUUGAUGGAUGGGUUCAACAGCUCUGCUUCAUUGAUCAAUAUGAAGAAAUGGAUCAAUGAAGGUUUGGUAACCCUACAUUGCUGCAAAACAGAAAGAAUGUUGGCCUUCAAAAUCAAAGAGGUAAUUUUACAGACCAUCUGCAUGCUUGGAAAUUAAAAGGACUCAAUUGGAAAAGAAAGCUUUGGAGUAUUAUUCCUGGCCUGUUGCUGUGUCAUGGUGCAUUUGGAAGGAGAGGAAUCAGAGAAUUUUCCAAAACUAAACUGUUCAGUUGAAGAACAGAAGUUCCAUUCACUCUUGGACUCUUGGUUAGCUGCUAAGGAUCAGUUAAGAAACAUUUCCCAUCAAUUAUGCUUUGAUGUUGCCAAUUUGUUUUUGUAAUGUGGGCGAUUAAAGUUGAUUGACUAUACUUUGUAUGGUAACUUUUUGUAUAUGAGAAUACAUGUAUAUUUUUCCUAAUCAAAAUGGAUACAAUGCCUUACCCUUUUCUCAAAAAAAAAAUGUAC